ACUCUAGUCGGCCCCUCACGACGACGCCGCGUAAAAUAUUUUUGUUUCCCCCGCAUUCGUUGAAAAACCGCCGAAAGUGUUUGUUUUUAUGUGUGGUGCGCGUCCUAGGCCAAUGCAAUCGAGUCCGCAACUGCUUUUGCUGACCGCCUAACGCCGCCAGAGACAGAAAAUAACAGUAAUGCGAAAGACCCGCUCGCAGACGGCUCGCACGCAGGCGGAAAAUGCCGCAACAUCCCCGAGCCCCGGACACCAAUCAACGUCGUCAGCGCCAAUAGCAGUGAAUCCCUUUGAUGCGGGCAAGUACAAGGAAUGUGAGCAAAUGGUGCAGAUGCUCCGAGUGGUCGAGCUGCAAAAAAUUCUGUCGUUUCUGAACAUCUCCUUCGCUGGACGAAAAACCGACCUGCAGAGCCGCAUCCUCUCGUUCCUGCGCACCAACUUGGAUCUGCUCGCCCCGAAGGUCCAGGAAGUCUACGCCCAGUCCGUUCAGGAGCAAAGCGCCACGCUGCAGUACAUCGACCCAACCAGGAUGUACUCGCACAUCCAGCUGCCGCCCACCGUGCAGCAGAAUCCGGUGGGCCUCGUGGGCGGUGGCCCGGGCGUCCAGGUGCCCGGCGGCCAGAUGAACGUGGUCGGCGGCGCACCCUUCCUUCACACACACAGCAUCAACAGUCAGCUGCCCAUCCAUCCCGACGUGCGGCUGAAGAAGCUAGCCUUCUACGAUGUCCUCGGCACACUGAUCAAGCCUUCGACGCUGGUGCCACGCAACACUCAGCGCGUCCAAGAGGUGCCUUUCUACUUCACACUCACGCCCCAGCAGGCCACCGAGAUAGCCUCCAAUCGCGACAUCCGCAACAGCUCCAAGGUGGAGCACGCCAUCCAGGUGCAACUUCGCUUCUGCCUGGUGGAGACCUCGUGCGACCAGGAGGAUUGUUUUCCGCCUAACGUCAAUGUCAAGGUCAACAAUAAGCUGUGUCAGCUGCCAAAUGUCAUUCCUACAAACCGACCAAAUGUGGAGCCCAAGCGUCCGCCACGUCCCGUCAACGUCACCUCCAAUGUAAAGCUGUCGCCAACCGUCACCAAUACCAUUAUGGUGCAAUGGUGUCCGGACUACACGCGCAGCUACUGCCUGGCCGUUUACCUGGUGAAGAAACUCACCUCCGCACAGCUCUUGCAGCGAAUGAAGACUAAGGGAGUGAAGCCGGCUGACUAUACCCGCGGCCUGAUCAAGGAGAAGCUGACGGAGGAUGCCGACUGCGAGAUAGCCACCACCAUGCUUAAAGUGUCACUCAACUGCCCGCUGGGCAAGAUGAAGAUGCUGCUGCCUUGCCGAGCCUCAACUUGCUCGCACCUGCAGUGCUUUGACGCCAGUCUCUACCUGCAAAUGAACGAGCGCAAGCCCACCUGGAACUGCCCCGUCUGCGACAAGCCGGCCAUUUACGACAACCUGGUCAUAGAUGGCUACUUCCAGGAGGUGUUGGGCUCGUCGCUUCUAAAGAGCGAUGACACCGAGAUUCAGCUGCAUCAGGAUGGCUCGUGGAGCACGCCAGGACUGCGCAGCGAGGCACAGAUCUUAGAUACACCUUCGAAGCCCGUUCAGAAGGUUGAGGUUAUAUCGGACGAUAUUGAGCUUAUAUCGGACGAUGCCAAGCCAGUAAAGAGCGAUUUGUCCCCUGCACCGGACGAUCAGCCAACAUCCACGUCAAACAGUGAAACUAUGCAACAGGUUGAUCUGACGUUGAGCGAUUCCGACGACGACAUGCCUCUGGCCAAGCGUCGUCCUCCCGCCAAGCAAGCCGUCGCCAGUUCCACGUCGAACGGCAGCGGUGGCGGCCAACGUGCCUAUACGCCGGCACAGCAGCCCCAGCAAUCCGCGGGUGCUGAAUGAUCGCAGCGGAGCCCGGAGAAAUUAACCGCCCUACGCAUUACUAACCUAACAACUAAGCGUACACCUAAACCAGAUGUUAAUCUUAAGUUCUGCCAAUGCAAGUUGGCCGUAUUCCUAUUCCUAUGCACGAAGCGAGAGAGGAGACAGGCGAGGCGGCAGCCAGCCGCGGCACCGACAUUUAAGUUAGUUAAGUUAUUUUAGUUACUUUAGUGGAACUACGGAUACCGAACGAAUAGAGGCGCAGUGGUGUGGAGUGGAGGGUGCUGCCCGCGAGUGCGUAUUUAUAAUGUGUUGCAAGCCAGGGCGAAAUUGCAUUAAAUGUUCAUGAUGUGUAUUGGCAACAAACGAAUGAGUUUUUAUUGAUGAAAAUUGAAUUGAAUGUGGCGUUUUUAAGGGCAUGACCAGACGACCAGACGUCAAGCUAGACACACAACUUACUCGUUUAUUUAAGCUCAAACCGUACCGCCACGGAUUUAUAUGUUAAGAAAAUGAUUUUAAAUUGAUUGCUUUGACUUUGAUUUGAUGCCAAACCCCUUAAAUAUCAGACCGAACAAAUAUGAAAUCAAUGUACAAGGAGAUGUGUACUUUAACUAUAAUAUUAAACAAUUUUCAACCAA